AGUGUGAGCGGGGGGGUGACAGUGUGAGCGGGGGGGUGACAGUGUGAGCAGGGGGGUGGCAGCGUGCCGGCGGUGACAGUGACCAUGCGCCGUGCCGGCGGCUGCACGGCGGAGCUGGCGGCGGAGCUGGCGGUUCGGACCCUGCUCGUGGCUGCGCUGCUGGUGAUGGAGGUUCUGCCCCCGUUCCAGCGGCUGAUCCAGCCCGAGGAGAUGUGGCUUUACAGGAACCCGUACGUGGAAGCGGAUCGCGUGCCCACCGUGCCCAUGUUCCUCAUCUCCUUCCUGUCGCCCCUGCUGCUCAUUGUCCUGGCGAGGGUGCUGAUGGGCGCCGGCCGAGAGGACACGCGGGAAGGCUGCCUGGCUGCCAGCCUGGCUCUCGCCCUCAACGGGGUUUUUACCAAUGCCCUGAAGCUCGUUGUGGGGAGGCCGCGCCCGGACUUCUUCUACCGCUGCUUCCCCGACGGCCGAGCCAACGCGGAGCUGGCGUGCACAGGCGACCCCGGCAUGGUGACCGAGGGACGCAAGAGCUUCCCCAGCGGACACGCUUCGUUCGCCUUUGCUGGUCUUGCCUUCUCCGCGUUCUACGUGGCCGGGAAGCUGCGCUGCUUCGCGCCCAGCCGGGGCUGCAGGGCCCUGCGCCUCUGCGCCUUCCUCCUCCCGCUCUUCCUCGCCACCCUCAUCGCCGCGUCCCGCACCUGCGACUACAAACACCACUGGCAAGAUGUGGUGGUUGGCUCAGGGAUCGGCUUGGCGCUCGCCUACCUGUGCUACCGGCAGUAUUACCCUCCCCUGACCGCGGCCACGUGCCACCAGCCGUUCCUGUCCACAUCCCAGCAGGAGAAGCCCACGGCCACCAGCUUUCCCCUGCACAUCUAGUGCUGCGGCCCCUCCUGCUGCUCGGGGCCGUUGUGUGGGCGGGGGCUCAAUGAGGACGACCCCGCGCAGCCGUUCCCCGCUGCACCCGAACGGUGCGGGCGGAGCGAGGGGGCGCUCGGUGUGCGGCCCUGGAGCAACAGCGGGAAGAAUGGGACAGCCCGGUGUGUGCCGCUGGGUGCUCUGGUGUCCGCCAGUCGCCGCCCUUGGACCCAGCUGAGCUGUCCCUCCCAGGGAGCGAACGGCGGCACGAAGCGCAGGACCUGCUCCUGGGCCAGGAUUAAGUCCAUCUUUUCAAUCAGUGAUGAGCUAAUUUGGAGUAACAGGCGGGAGGUUGCAGCCUGUAACCACGGAUUAAGAGGAAAGAUGAAGGUAACGUGAUUGUAAUUUGUAUUAUUGUGUUAGCUCUGAUUUUUUCUAAUUUGCCAAAUAAAGGAGUUUCACUUUUCUAA